AUGGGUGAAUCACGACAGGAACUUGUGCAAUGGCUCAACAGCCUGCUCCAGCUGAACAUGACCAAGGUCGAGCAGUGCGGAACUGGCGCUGCCCUCUGCCAGGUCUAUGACAGCAUUUACCUCGACGUGCCCAUGUCGCGUGUCAAGUUCAACGUCAAUACGGAAUACGCAUACAUCCAAAACUUCAAAGUCCUGCAAAACACUUUUACGAAGCACCGGAUCGAGAAGUCGAUUCCCGUCGAGCAGCUGGUCAAGUGCAAAAUGCAGGACAACCUCGAGUUCCUGCAAUGGACGAAGCGGUUUUGGGACCAGAACUUCUCGGGCGAGGAGUACGACGCCGUCGGCAGACGGAAAGGCGGCGCGCUGCCCUCGAACGCGACGGCCCGCGCGCCCGUGUCGGCCGGCGCUGGCGCGAGACGGCCCGGUGGCACAACGCCGACGACGGGCCCGCGCGUGGGCGUCAAGGCCGGAGUCGGCGGCGCCGCCUCGGCCGCGCUCCAGCAGGAGAACAACACGCUGAAGGAGACGGUCGUCGGCUUGGAGCGCGAGCGCGACUUCUACUUCAGCAAGUUGCGUGACAUUGAGCUGCUAGUCCAGCAGGCCGUCGACGAGGACCCCGAGCUCGAGAAGCAGGAAGACGGGCUGGUCAAGCAGAUCCAGACCAUUCUGUACUCGACUGAAGAGGGCUUCGAGAUCCCCGACGGGGAGCAGGUUGACGACCAGGAGACGUUUUAG